AUCGGUGGCUAUCGACCCCGCGACCUCGCUGCCCCGAGCCACAGUUCGUGGGGCGGAUUCCUGGCGCACACGAUGACGGCUCUGGUUUUCCUGCAGCGCACUCGCCGCUCUCCAGAACGCGGCUGGUUGCUGACACGACAGCAGAGUCCACACAUUCGACUCAGCCGCGACAACGAGCUGUGCGUGCCAGCCGCUCAGCUCAGGGAGCCGUUCGCGUCGGGCUUCCCUUUCUUGGACCUCGCGACACUGGGAUCCAUGGCGGCGCAGCAGAUGCUUCAGGCGGUAGGGGAGCGUGGCAGUCAAGUGGAUGAGACGGGCACAGCACGUGACUGGUGGACUGCCAAGACGCGCCAGCAGAUGUGGCAGUAUGUGCUGUGCCUCCGACAGGUGUACCUGUCUGACAGCGCCGGUGGCCUGGAGUUUUCGGAUGCGGACGUGUGGGACCAACUGGGAAGUGCCAUACUGGGUCUGCAGACUGCGUUCCAGUUAGCGGUCUUCAACCGCCCAAGGACAGCCAACUCCGGCGCUCGAGAACGCAGCGAUGCACCGUCCUUGAGCCCGAACCAGGGCCUGCUGUCCAUGCGGCAGCGCUUCUUUGUGCGGUUCUGCCGAGGAUACUGCGAGCGUUUCGUGAACGGUUCUGGCCGGAUGCCGGGCAGCUGGAUUUGCAACGCCGCAGCUAUGCACUUGGCGGCAUUCGCGGACUCCUUCGGCUGCCCGGACGAUGCGCCCAUGGUGCCAAAGGAGACAUGCGACGGAUUCUAGGGCGAUUUUU